AUGUCUAUUAGUUCAGUAUCCAAUGCAGCCCCAUCUGGAAUUGCACCGACCAUUGCAAUAGACAAUGACUCAGCCCGUGAGGUUAAGGAUGCAGCUGGAGACAACGCUAUUGCGGAUGAGAAUGGCUACUUGGAGAAACACCAACAUGAUCAUGAGGAUAUUGACGUCUUAGAUAUGCUUAGAAAAAGGCAGUCAGAUUCCUAUAGAGAUUUAGUUUUACAGAUUCCGGCUCGUUUCAAUCCCGUGCGUAAGAAUUACCGCAAGAGAGUAUCCUUUGAUACAGUAAACUUGGAAUAUGAUAAUGAUGCGGAUCUCGAAAAUCCAACUGAAAGCAGAUUACUUGAAGAACUUGCCCAAGAGGAGGCCAAAAGAAGAUCUCGAUUUGAUAAUUUGAAUGGCUACAUGUUUGAAUUAGAAAGAGGAAGAGACAGGUCUCUUUCUCCCAAUAGAGCUGCGAGCUCUUACGGUAAUUCUCCAAAUGCAACUUCUCCCCUGCGAUUGCUAUCUCCUACAUUGUCGCCUACUAGAGGUAUGGUGGUGAGGUCUCCUCGUGGUAGUGUAUUUGGAAGAAAUAGCUUGUAUCCCACUACACCUAUUAUAACACAACCAAGUUGUAUUCUUACCAAGACUCAUAAGGAUUUUGAUGCUUUGUAUAAGGGGAAACUUCCAGGUAUGAAACCAGCAUUGCCGGGUAGAGUGAUCAUGGUAUACAUUAGUGGAAGAAAGCAUACAUGGGUAGCUCUUGAUUGGGUUCUACGAAACUUCGUUGAAAAUGGUGAUACUGUGGUGAUUGUUGGUGUUCUAGGUUCGGUAUUGCAAAAUCUGAUUAGAAACAGAGGAUUAUUACCAGGGAAAAUUAUUGCCCAAACCCCAAAAAUGAGGUAUAAACUCAGAAGCCAUCCACAAUAUACCAAAAUUAUAACCAGAAACAUUUUAAAUUAUGCCUUUCAAAUUCUUAAUCCUCACGCAAUUGUUCGUGUUAUGGCGGACAUGACUGCCGGUAAGACGAAAGAAGUUUUGAAGGCAAUGUAUCUGUUAUAUACUCCUAAUAUUGUUGUGACUGGAGGUAAGAUAUCGACUACCGUGGGAGCUCCUUUGAGAUCAUGGACAUCAUCAAAAUUAACCGAUCGUUUGGUUAAGAAUUUCCCACUUCCCGUCAUUGUGGUCCCUGCUUUGACAAUGGGAUAUUUUGAAGAGAAUUUAAAGAAAGAGUUGGAGUCUAGAGACUUUAAUGAACAAGAUGAAGAAAAGGCUCAAAUACCUAGGAAAAAGUCUGUCAAGAAACUGAUAACUGACAGUCAAGGAAACCUAUUACCUUGCAUAAGGCCCGAGUCUUCGUCAGUCAACGAUUGUAAUGAGAAAGAUGAUAAUGACCAGAAUUCAUACAGUAGUUCAUCCUCAAGUGACGACGAAGAGGCAAAUGGGAGCAUUGACGAUAACAGUAGCCUUUAUGAUGGUAGAUUAUUGCCUAGGCUGGAUGAGGAUGCAUUAUCAAAACAUUUACAAGCCAAAGUUAGCCAAUGCGCACAUUCUAUAAACGGCGACGAUUCAAGGAGUGGGAAAAGUAUUACUUCAAGAUCCAAGAGAAGUAGUUUUUCAUCAAGAUCCAAGAGAAGCAGCAUGUCAUCAAGAUCAAGGAAAGGAGAAAAUUCCAGUGCGUUUUCUCAGUCAGAAUCAGAAUCAGAAUCAGAGCCAGAAUCGGACGAUUCCGGAUAUUCUGAUCGUAGUUCGAUAGCAUCAAGUGGCAGUUAUGAUUCUUUCAAAGUAAUUUCAGAUCUUUAUCUUGAUUAUAAGGAUGACAUCAACGAGGUCCUUCAUAAAACUGAGCAAAAACCUUUAACCGCAGACACACUCAUCACACAAAUAAAAGCCAUAUCAGAUAUGUCAGCACAGCUUUGUCGAGAAUUCAAAGAAGUAAACCCUUCAUUUUCCGGUAAAGGUUCUAAAUUAGCAAGAGAAAUAACAGGUUCAAAUAAGUUUGGUGAAGUUCCAUUUAAGACAAAGUCUUUACUUGAACCUGUUCAACCCAAACCAAAAUUGGUAAACAGUACCACUACACCAGCUUACUCAUUCAAAGAAUUACAGAGGAAAAUGAAACAACAGCAGCAAUUUGAUCAACUGCAAGUGUCUCCUCCACCAGAACCAAGCACUUCUUUAACAAAGAAGAUGUCCCCACCACAAAUCACCAUUUCGGAGGUAUCGCCCGUUAGAUCACCAUCACCAAAAACAGCUGCACCUAAGGCAGGUUCUUUGAAAUUUGCCGAUUCGGUUUCAUCAACUAGACCCAGAAAGUCUAUCUAUUCUACAACAUCGAAAUUAACAAAGGCAUUAUCGCAUGAAAUUGACACAGACAACAGGUUUACACUUGAACCCUCAAAGUCGCAUCCUGAUUUGACAGUUGUACACAAUCAAAGUGUAUCCCCAGAUAAGGAGAAGAAAAAGAAGAAGAGAUUGUUGAAGUUUUGGAAAUAG